ACAGAACGCAGAUUGCAGAAAUCAUUCAGUCAAUCACUUAAGAAAUUUUGUAGUUUGAAGCAAAGAUUUUGAUAUGGGUGAGCUUCAUGUUUUCUUCUUCCCCAUGUUGGCUCAUGGCCACAUGAUUCCUACUCUAGAUAUGGCCAAGCUCUUCGCUUCACGUGGCGUCAAGGCAACCAUAAUCACCACCCCUGCAAACCAACCCGUUUUCUCCAAAGCCGUAGAUAAGUAUACGCAGUUAGGGUUCCAAAUGGAGAUUCGAUUGCUGGAAUUCCCCGGCGUCGAGGUUGGCUUGCCGGAAAGUUGCCAGCGUCUUGAUCAGAUCCCCUCCGAUGACGGACUCCCCACAUUCUUCAAGGCCUGCGCUUUGCUCCAACCAUCUCUUGAAGAACUCUUACAAGAGCUCCGUCCCGAUUGCCUCGUCGCCGAUAUGUUUUUCCCGUGGGCUACUAACGCCGCCGCCAAGUUCGAUAUCCCAAGACUCAUCUUUCACGGAAUCAGCCACUUGGCCUUGUGUGCUAUGCAAAGCCUUGGAGUUUACAAGCCUUUCAACAAUGUUUCAUCUGAUUCUGAACUUUUUACCAUUCCAAAUCUUCCUCACGAGCUCAAACUCACCAGAUUGCAAGUUUCUCCUAUGGAACGCAGCGAACUUGAAACUCCCUUCACAGAAUUCUUGAAACGCGUUAGUGAAUCAGAGGAUACAAGCUAUGGUGUAAUAUUCAACAGCUUCUAUGAGCUAGAGCCGGAUUUUGUAGAGCAUUACAAGAAUGUUCUGGGGAGAAGAGCGUGGUCAGUUGGGCCACUUUCCCUUUACAACAGAGACGUAGAAGAUAAAGCUGAAAGAGGGAAGAAAUCGGCAAUCGACGAGCAUGAAUGCCUGAAAUGGCUGGAUUCCAAGAACCCCCAUUCCGUGGUUUACAUCUGUUUCGGAAGCGUCGCAAAUUUCGCUCCGUCUCAGCUCCACGAAAUGGCAAUGGGGAUCGAGGCUUCAGGGCUGGACUUCGUGUGGGUGAUCAGAAACAAGAGAGAAGAAGAGAAAUGGAUGCCGGAAGGAUUCGAGGAGAGAACCAAAGGGAAAGGAUUGAUCAUAAGAGGCUGGGCUCCUCAAGUGCUGAUUCUUGAUCACGAAGCCGUGGGAGCAUUCGUGACCCAUUGCGGAUGGAACUCAACGUUGGAAGGGAUAUCUGCAGGGGUGCCCAUGGUGACAUGGCCGGUGUUCGCCGAACAGUUCUUGAAUGAAAAACUGAUGACUGAUGUUCUGCGGACAGGAACCGGAGUUGGGUCGAAAGAGUGGAAGAGAUCAGAGAGUGACGGUGUGAAGAGGGAAGCCAUUGCAGAGGCAAUGAAGAAGGUGAUGAUCGGUGAAGAAUCAGAGGAGAUUCGGAGCAGAGCAAAGGCAAUGAAAGACAAGGCAAAGAAGGCAAUCGAGGAAGGAGGAUCAUCUUACUUAGGCUUGAGCUCUUUGUUAGAUGAACUCAGAGCUUACCAUGCAAAACAUUGACUACAUACAUCUACAAGGUCCACGAGUUCCUAAAACAUUGAAGAUUUCAGUACGAGGUCUACAUUUUACAUGUUUGGUUUUCUCAAUUCUUUCUGCAUUUUCUUCACAGCCUUCGACCUGUGAUCCCUUUGAUGGAAGCUAAGGCUCUCUUUUGUGAUUUUUUUUUUUUUAAAUUACUAUUCAGUGUAGGUUUGGAGUUUAGACUUAAUUAAAGAAUCUUUGGGUA